AUGGAACUGGCUAAUGAAUCAUUAUUUUCAAUAUCAAAUCCAAGCCCAUUAUUAUUUGAAGCAAAGCUAGUUCGACGUGGAUUAUGCGCCGACAAAAUAUCUGAUUAUGAUUAUACAGAAUCCUCAUCAACUGAUCUUGCUUUACUCGAGUUAACUCGGUCAGCAACACAUUUAGAAAAAAAUGCGUGUUUCAAUCCGAAGCUAACUUCAUCAUUCUUAUCGAAUACUUAUGCAAUUAACUCAAAAUUAUAUCUAAUAGGCUACAAUGGCGAAUUACAAGAUUAUGAUCAGUUAACGCCGUAUAAAUAUUUAAAUGAUUUCUCUAAUUUAUCAGUGGAUAAAUUGAAUUUAUACCACAACGUCAACUAUAAGUCUGUCUCUGUAGGGCGUUUAAUAAAGCCAUGUAUGACAGAUCGAUAUGGUGCACACGAUUGUACCACAUUACCAGGAUCGAGCGGCUCAUUGAUGAUUGAUUCUAACGGAAAAUUUAUUGGCUUACAUAUAGGCGUUACUAAUUCACGUCUGGGAAAAAAAGAUGAAAUGUUCUUUACUGAAGAAACGUUCAACAAAUUCAUACCUAUUUAUUCAAAAGAAUUUCGUGCCUUUAUCAAUGAAACAAUCUUACCAAGUAUUAAUAAUGAUACAUUGUUAAAAAAUUGGACCGAUGUUUCAACUCAAGAUAUGAACGACUAG